UCACACAACUCAAAAAUGGCAGAUGAAGAAGUGAAGCUAAUUGGAACUUGGGCUAGUCCUUACACUCGCAGAGUAGAACUAGCUCUCAAAAUAAAAGGAGUCAAAUAUGAGUAUAUAGAGGAAGAUAUCUUCAACAAGAGUCCUUUGCUUCUUAAGUAUAACCCAGUUCAUCAAAAGGUUCCCGUGCUUAUACAUAAAGGAAAACCAAUCGCAGAAUCACUUGUCAUUCUUGAGUAUAUUGAUGAGACCUGGAAACACCAUCAUCAUAUCCUACCUAAAGAGCCUUAUCAUAGAGCCACUGCUCGUUUCUGGGCUAAGUUCGUAGAGGAAAAGAUCCAAGAAACAGCAAGAAAGUUUGUCUCUGCCUUGGAGGAGGAGAAACAAAAGAUAAUUGAAGAAGUUCAUGGACACCUCAAAUUGCUAGAGAAUGAGUUGAAAGAAAAAGAAAAAGAAUUCUUUGGAGGAAUUGAAAUUGGGUAUCUGGACAUUGUUGCAUUUUUUACAUGUCAUUGGCUUCAAGUGCACCAAGAAGUUCUGGAGAUAGAAUUCAUCACUGAAAAGAAGCAUCCAAUUUUCUGCAAAUGGUUGGAAAAGCUCCAUAAAAUUGAUGUCGUUCAUGGAUGCCUGCCUCCAAGGGACAAACAUAUUACUUUUAUCAAAGCUCGCAUUGAAGCUGUCAAGUUCUCUUCUAAAUGAUCAUAAGAGAGAGAGAGUGCCGUACACACACACAUAUAUGCAUUUAUAUGUCUGCUAUGAUGCAUAGAAAUUUUUAGCCAUGGCCAUUUCAUAAACGUUUCAGCGUGUCAAUUUCCACAUAUAAAAUACUGGUUUUCCGUUAAAAUUGUUUUUCCCUCAUCGUUUUUCAUAUUUCCUCGUUUCCGUUUCUGUGCAAUGUAGUAUCUCUGUAAUACACGGAGUAAUAAGGAUUAAGUGUGUUAUGGAUAUGUAAUAUAUAAAUUAGAGUGAUUACGUUUGUUAAAGUGGAGUCUUACUCCCUCAUGUAUAACCAUAUAUAUGAAUAAAAGCUGGGUUGUUUGAA